UCAUGAAGUUCGCAAUUGUAGCUUUGAUCGUGGCUGUUGCCUCAGCCAACGCUUUGUUCCCACCAAAAUUGGAUGGUCGCAUCGUUGGUGGUGAAACCGUCGACAUUGAGGAUUUCCCUCAUCAAUUGUCCCUGCAAUACUAUGGAAGUCACAUCUGUGGCGCUUCCAUCAUCAGCGGAAAGUUCGCCCUUACCGCUGCUCACUGCACCGAUGGAACUCCAGCUAGCGUACUCAGCGUUCGUGCUGGAUCCUCCAUCCAAGGAUCCGGUGGACAAGUUGUGAAAGUUGUUAAGAUCCACCAAAACCCAAAAUUCAACGGCCGCACCAUCGACUAUGAUGUUUCCGUUUUGGAAUUGGAAUCCGAAAUCAAAAUGGGAGCUGGAGCUUCCGCCAUCCCUCUACCUAAAGCUGGUGAAAAGGCCGAAGAAGGUGAUGACUCUGUUGUUUCUGGUUGG